CCGGAGCGGAAGUGGGGCAGCUGCCGGAAGUAGUCGGAAUCCCUGAACGACAGACGGGCAGACAGACUUUGACAGAGGCGAGAGCUGCGGAAAGGAGUUGGUGGCCAUGGAGUUGGGCGAGCUGCUCUACAACAAGUCCGAGUACAUCGAGACGGCGUCUGGGAACAAAGUUAGUCGCCAGUCAGUGUUGUGUGGAAGUCAGAACAUCGUUCUCAAUGGCAAGACCAUUGUGAUGAAUGACUGUAUUAUUCGAGGGGAUCUGGCAAAUGUAAGAGUUGGACGUCAUUGUGUUGUGAAAAGUCGGAGUGUCAUAAGGCCACCAUUCAAGAAAUUCAGCAAAGGCGUUGCAUUCUUUCCUUUACAUAUCGGGGACCAUGUCUUUAUCGAGGAAGAUUGUGUGGUCAACGCAGCUCAGAUUGGCUCUUACGUUCACGUUGGCAAGAACUGUGUGAUUGGGCGUCGAUGUGUGUUGAAAGACUGCUGCAAAAUUCUUGACAAUACGGUAUUACCCCCAGAAACUGUGGUCCCACCAUUCACCGUCUUCUCAGGCUGCCCAGGAAGAGGCCCACUGCUGCCUCUCCAUGCACUGGGAGUGCUUUGACUUCAGCCUGUGGAGCUUGGGAUCACGCCUGGCAGCCCUGAUACGUGACACCAGAGGGGGCCCAGCUCCUGCGCUCUCCAUGCAGAACACCUUCAAGCGUUGUGCGCACUCAUGAGAUGGAUAGACACAUAGAAUGGACAAGCGAAACUGUGUGGAAUCAACUCCCUUCAGGCAGUCCCUCAUAAACCAAGGACUGGGUGAGUUUCUCAGGGUGGCCUGGAAACUCUAGGGCAGGAGGCCCCAUGGUAGGAGGUGACAUUGGGGGCCCUGUUAACCUCUACUGCCUAACUAAUGUAUGUCCCACUUGGGGCACCCUAACACUGUAAACUCGUUUCCAGGGGGACCACACGUGCCCUCUGGGAUGGCACUUCUGCCUGUGUGCCCUGACUGUCGCCACACUGCCUCAGCCCUGGAAGGCUUCAGGUCAGCUUGAGUUUACUGGCCAUAGCUGUGCUGUACCUGAGUCGUUGCCUUUGGCCAGGCAAAAACAAGUCAUACAGAAACCGAAGAGGAGGCCAUGAGGCUUUCUAAGAUGUAAGAUAGACUUGUAGAGUUAAUGGGAUCUAUUUUAACUGGCUAAAUCUAGGACCCCUAACAGGUCUAACUGAGAUCAGUACUGCCGGUUGAUCUCACCCUUUUAUGUGGGCUCCUACUGAUCAUAAUUUUGCUGGAAAGAAGCCUGGCCAAGGGCCAAGGAGGGUGGACUGUGCAGAAAAGAGUUAAUCACGCAGGUCUGACCCUGCUCUCCUCAGCAAGGCCUGUUAGCAAGGUUGUCCCCUGCCUGGUGACCGGGAGCUUGGAUUUGGGGAGGGUCUCACCAUUCCCUAGGUGAUGAGGGUGCUCACUGCCUAAACUGUUUGUGCCAACAGUGUGGUUUAUGCUGAACACCUGCUUUCCUUCUGGGAAUCUGGAAUUUUGGUAUGUGCUAGGCAGAGGGUGCCUAUGUGACCAGUCCCCAGUGAAAACCCUGGACACUGAGUCUCUAAUGAGCUUCGCUCGCUGAUAGAUAAGAUGUUGCACAUGUGGUCACAACUCACUGCUGGAGGAAUGAAGUGUGACUCCAGUGGGAGAGGACUCUGGGAAGCUUGCGCCUGGUUUCCUCUAGACGUCGCCUUGAGCGCCGUUCCCCGUGCUGGUAGCCCCAAGCUGUGAUGCGGCCCAGCUGCCGUGAGUAGGCUGUAUGCUGAGUCCUCUGAGGCUCCUAGUGAGUCAUCGCACGGGGCCCCCCAGCACAGGGCACAGGGGGACUUCUGGGGUGUAGGUAAUGUUCUCUUUCUCAGUCCCGGUGCGGUUGACGUGGGGUGUGUUCAGUUUGUGAAAAUUCACUGAGCUCUACAAUUAUGUAAUAUACAUUUUUUCUGUACACAGAUUCAACUUCAAUAAAAAGAUAAAAUAGAAGAUUACACAGCACUGGGAUCAAAAAUAAUAACUUAGUUAAAAAAAAAAACUUCCCUUUAUCCAGCAGACAUUUUAGUUACCCCUUUUUACCAGGCAUUGCGCUGGGAGCGUGGUAUGUGGGGUAGGAAAGACAUCAUCAUUGCCUCUCGGUUUAUUUGGGGGCAAGUAAAGGGAUCCUUACAGCGUGGUUGAUUUUUGCUGGGCUCUUUCAGAGACAUCAUAUGGUGCGAGGGGCCACAGAGAAAGGGCUUCUAACUCGGGUAUUUUGCCAUUGCAGGGGUGCCACUCACGUAUUUGUGGAAGCCAGACAGGCAAUGGGCAAAGGGGAUAGCUGGGAUCUGAGGCACACCAGGAAGCUAUGGUGGCAAGAGUUGCCAGAGCUUCUAGUUUUUUCGGGAAAAGCCACAAAUCUGAAUUUUUAUGUGAACCCUC